AGUAUGCGGAACAAGGGCUUUAGGGAGAGCAGGAGAAAACAAUGGGGAGCGGGAAAGAAAGGUUCAAGGGUAAGCCGCUUGGCCCCAAAACAACUAAACUCAAAGCCGACUCCCACUCCGGCAUCAACAACAAGAACAAGAACAAGAAGCAGCAGCGGCCCAACAAGAAUACCCAAAAUGAAAACCAAAUCGGAACUCAAAACAGCGAAGACGGCAAUAACAAGCUACAACCGGCAUCGCCGUCGGCACAACUCAACUCGUUCCUCGACAAGUUUCAAUCGGCCAAUCGUCUCCAGCUUUCUUCUCUCGAAUUGGACUCCCUCACUGAUAAGUGUAUUGUGGACCUGUCUGGAAGCACGGAUCAAGAUGUCGAAAACUUGGGGAAACAUGUGAAGGCAGCUUUUGGUCCAUCGUGGAAAGCCGAACUAUGUGAUAAGCGUCUCUUGGAAGGAAAAGUUGAUCCAGGAAGUCCAGCAGUUCUUAUUAUUAGUACAUCUGCCUUGAGAUCAAUAGAACUUCUAAGGGGCUUUCGGUCGCUGACUAAAGAAUGCCAUCCAGUGAAGCUGUUCUCAAAGCAUAUGAAGGUUGACGAACAGGUCUCCUUGUUAAAGGACCGUGUUAACAUCGCUAGUGGUACACCAAGCAGGAUAAAGAAGCUAAUUGAUAUUGAGGCAUUGGGACUUUCACGGUUAUCAGUGAUUGUGCUUGAUGUGCACCCAGAUGUAAAGGGCUAUUCCCUGUUGACGCUUCCACAAGUCAGAGAUGAAUUUUGGGACUUGUACAAGACCUAUUUUCACCAGCGAUUACUCCAAGGUUCCUUGCGUCUCUCUCUCUAUGGUCCAUUAAUAUCUGAUAACGAGUUCAAGGGAAAAAAGAAGAGACCCAAUGAAUAGUUAUAUACAGUUUGGUACAAACUUGAAGCCACUGUACUAAUUUUUUCCCCAGUGAUCUUAGAAUAUGUCUCACUUCUGUAUUGGGGUUACUCUGCAUAAAAUGAAGCGUCCUUUCUUUCAAGCUUGUAUUUUUUUGUUAUGUUGCCGAAGAUCAAAUGUUAAAUUUGUUUCUCUUUCAGUGACUUUAUUUAUUUUAAA